AUCAGUAUGUCUGUGGAGUUUGUGGCUUUGAUCAUUUAAUGUCCAGGCCUGUUAAUACCCUAGCAAUAUAUGCUUCCAGGGAGUUGUCUUUGAAAGUUCGUUUCAUGUUGUUCUCAUGUCUGCUUGCUGUGCUAGUGAACUCUGUAUUUUAUAAAUUAACCCAGCAUACUUUACAUAGAGUUAUGAUGGUUCUUUGUGCAGAUGUUACCUUGUCUAAGCAUCCCCUUUCACUUACAUCUGACCUUCCCAGUCAUCCAUACUUAGGAUAGUCUUUCUGCUCCCUGGAUGCUCAUAGUGCCAUUAUUUUCUAUAUAGGUAGGACCACCUCCUUCUAAAAAUUACAAUUCAUUGUCUGCUAUGAAAGUCCAAAACAGGGUUCCUUGUCUUUUUCUGACAGUUGGCAAAUGCGUAAUCUUUCCAAUCACAUUAUGCUGUAUUACCCACAUUAUCUAUAUCAGUGUCAGUAAGGACCAUUCCAUUAGGGCCAUCAUAUUUUCUGUUGCUUUUCUGGGAGAAGAGCUACUUCUGAGGGUUUUUGAAUAGUUAGUUGAUUACAGUUAUGGAUUUAUGCCUGGCAUUGUUGUUUGGAUGUGAGGGGGAGAUUGGAUGCCACUGGUUUUUAUCAGUCCUAUCAUGGCUUCCCUCCUGGUAGGCUUGUCCUGUUCUGUGGUGACUGAGUUUUCACAAAGAUUGUGAAGAACUAAUUAUUUGAGUGUAUCUGUAAUUCUUUGGGUGAUCAUCCAUGUAGUCUCAUAAUUGACUCUUCUCCCCAUUGUAGUUGUUUCCCAGUAAUUGAUUGUCUAUUCUGUGCAUAUUUAGUGAAACACUUGUUAGAAACUAAGCAAGGAAAGAAGGAAGUAUGUCCUUUAAGCAUUGACACUGAAUGUGGGAGCAUGUAUCCUGCCAAACACCCUUCAGCUUCUGAACAAAGCUCUGUGCAGAUACAAAACCUGCACAGCACAUUUGAUGAGCUAAAGUUAUAUAAAAAGAGCAAACGGGGAUCUAAUAGGUCAUAUGAUCAAAGUUUAAGUGAUUCUUCCUCUCACUCUCAGGAUAAGCACCAUGAGAAGGAGAAAAAAAAAUACAAAGAAAAGGAUAAGCAUAAACAAAAACAUAAGAAGCAAACAGAUUCCUCACCAUCCUUGGUUCCUUCUCUCACUGUAACUACAGAGAAAACUUACACAAGCACUACCAACAACUCUAUGACAGGGUCAUUGAAGAGGCUGGAAGAUACCACAGCUCGCUUUACAAAUGCAAAUUUCCAGGAAGUCUCUGCACAUGGUUCAAGUGGCAAAGAUGUUUCAGAGGCCAGAGGUUCAGAGAGCAAAGGGAAGAAGUCAGCGGGUCAUAAUUCAGGUCAAAGGGGAAGAAAGCCUGGUGCUGGAAGGACUCCUGGAGCUGCAGUGUCGGCAACUUGUACUUUUCAACAAGGAAGUUUUUUGGGAACUCCAAACAGUACAAAGUCAUCCUCUGGAAGUUCAGUUCAAUCUCCCCAGGAUUUUUUGAGUUUUACAGAUUCGGAUCUACGUAAUGACAGCUAUACUCAUUCUCAGCAGACAUUGUCAACCAAAGAUGUAUAUAAAGGAGAGAUUGGAAGCCAGGAAGGUGGUGUGAAUUGUUUUACUUCCUUAAUUAAUCUUCCUUCAACCUCAACUGUUGCCUCCCAGCCUAAUAUUUUUGACAGUUCACCUGGAGAGUUAGGUAGCUCAAACCUUACAUCCACAGGAUACAAACGUGCUCAGUCCUCUGGGACAGAAGAUGAGACUAUAAAGGAAAAGAAACGGAAAGGAAAUAAGCAAUGUAAACAUGGGCCUGGUCGGCCCAAAGGAAAUAAAAGUCAGGAGAGUAUUUCCCACCUAUCAGUUUGUUCAGCCUCCCCAACAUCAUCAGUAGCAUCUGCUGCAGGAAGUGUAACAAGCUCAAAUCUGCAGAAGUCUCCAACAUUGCUAAGGAAUGGAAGUCUCCAAAGCCUCAGUGUGGGUUCCUCUCCUAUUGGUUCAGGCAUUUAUAGCAGUAAUGAUGUAGCAGUAUCAUUUCCAAACGUAGUGUCUGGCUCAGGAUCUAGCACUCCUGUUUCCAGUUCACAUUUACCUCAGCAGUCUUCUGGUCACGUGCAGCAAGUGGGAACUUUGUCUCUGUCUUCUACACCUUCUCUAGCUACAGCUGUUGCUGCAACUCAAGCACUACCUGGAUCUUCCCUUGGCCUUCCUCCAUCUCAUGUCUAUGGCAAUAGGUUAAAUUCUAACACAACAAUGGCAUCACAUACACCACAAGCUGAAAACAUUCAGUUAGAUCAAGAUCUUGGAGACAAUAGCCGGAGUCUGGUUGGAAGGGGAGGCUCACCCAGAGGAAGUAUUUCGCCACGGUCUCCUGUAAGCAACUUACAGAUUCGUUAUGAUCAGUCUGGAAAUAGUAGUGUAGAACAUUUGCCUCCGAUACCAUCUACUAUAGAACAACUUCUGGAGAGGCAGUGGAGUGAGGGGCAACAGUUCUUGCUGGAACAAGGAACCCCUAGUGACAUUUUAGGCAUGCUGAAGUCUUUACACCAGCUUCAAGUUGAAAAUCGUCGCUUAGAAGAACAAAUUAAAAACCUUACUGCUAAAAAGGAGCGCCUCCAGCUAUUAAAUGCCCAGCUUUCAGUUCCUUUCCCAACAAUAACAACCAAUCCAAGUCCUUCUCAUCAAAUGCCUGUAUUUUCAGCCCAAACUGCUGUUAGCUCUGAUUCUCUGAACAGCAGCAAAAGCCCUAACCUGGGAAGCAGUUUCCUACCUGACAACUCUCUCCCUGUAUUAAAUCAGGAGAUACACUCCAGUGGACAAAGCACCAGUAGUUCCUCUGCUCUUUCCACUCCACCACCUGCUGGGCAAAGUCCAGCUCAGCAAGGCCCAGGAGUUGGAGGAGUUCAACAGGUCAAUGGUGUGACAGUGGGGGCACUUGCCGGUGGAAUGCAAACUGUAACAUCCAACAUUCCCACAGUGGGUGGAAUAAUUGGAACUCUGCCAGGUAACCAGCUGGCAAUCAAUGGAAUCGUUGGGGCUUUAAAUGGCGUAAUUCAGACUUCUGCUACAAUAUCACAGAAUCCUUCUCCUCUAGCUCAUACAGCUGUGCCACCAAAUGCAGUACAUCCUCUGCCAACCACACUCAGUAACAGUGCCUCCGGACUUGGAUUUCUUCCUGACCAGCAGAGACAACUUCUGCUGCAUCAACAGCAGCAGCAAUUUCAGCAGUUACUAAAUACUCAACAAUUCACAUCAGAACAGCAUCAGGCUCUUCUGUAUCAACUAGUGCAACAGCACCAGCCUGAAGUACAGCAACUGCAGCUUUCGGGAGCAGCACAGAUUCCCAUUAAUAACUUGCUGGCAGGCUCUCAAGCAUCUCCACUUCAUACAGCUGCUACUAACCCAUUCCUUACCAUUCACGGGGAUAAUGCAGCUCAAAAAGUAUCUAGGCUCAGUGAUAAAAGUGGAGCCGUUGCACCGGAAAAAAAUUAACACUUGAAGGAGUAUGUAAAAUUGCAAAUCCUGCUGAUAGCACUUCAUCAGGCUGUGAGUUGCAGGCUCUCUCUGCAGGUAUGAGGAGACGCAUCGAUGAGCUGACUGCACACUGGAAAAGUGAAUCUACCUGAAGAUGUUUAUUGUAAAGUUUGACCUUGUUGCUUUUUGUUGCACUGAAACUGAACUGUUUCCCUCAAAUUGCGUGGAACUCAGAUUUCACCUUAGAGCACUGUCAGUUUGGUCAACUGAUUGGAAUUCUGUGGCUGACUGAGUAGCCUUUUCACAUACUGCGGUGCUAAAAAUCAAAUGUUUAGUUCCAUCGCUUUUUUGAAGAAAGCAAAGAAAAUUUGAAAUUUUUGCCAAUGACAUGGUGGUUUGUCAUCAGUGUUUUAGAAGCACCAUUUUUUUUCCUCAGAAAAGAACCAGAUUUUAAGUGAUUCGUCUUAUUAAAUUUUAAAAAAUGUUUUGCUAGAGCCAGAACACUUAAGAAAUGACAAGUAGCAGUUAACUUUGAGAUGGAUUUUUCAAGAUCACUGGAAAAACAGAUCUGUUGAAAAGUCAUAGAAAUCUUACCAGAUAAGAAAGUAACUCCUGUUCUGGUAAUAUUUAAUGUAACCCAAGUGCCUGUUGCUUCCCUCUGUUGGGUUGGAAUGGCUUUAUACAGCUGGGCAUGCACUAAAUGAGUUAUAAAAGCCGUGAGCGUGUUCAAUUUUGCACCAGCAGCCUUCCUCGUUGAUCUGCCUUUACUAGAAGUGUUUGUCACUAUAGAUAGCUCAGGCAAAUUAUUACCUGGGUUGCUUUCCACUAAUAAAUUACCAAAAAAAAAAAAAAAGGGGGGGGG